UUGUGUUGCAUUGGCCUCUGCAUGGAUCACCUGCUCCGCUCCGCUCUCAUAUGCGUGUGUGUCUCUGUGUUCUGUGUGCGCUUGACACAAUUCGUUCAUUUACCGUAGGUGCUUGGUGCGCUGUGUUGGUGGUGCUACAUUAUUGGCUUGCAGCCGCUCUGCCGCUGGCUUGACCAACACUCCCCACACUUGAAUGUGUGUGUGUGUGGGUGCGUGAAGCAUAUGGUGCUGCGCUGCAGGACAUCUUGUCGUUGGCCAACCCCCAAGCUUCCAGCACCCAAGCUAGCCAUUUCCUCACUUUGACGGACAUCCCCAAACUCAACAACGCCACGGCAUGGACGGCCCAAGCGAAGAAGACGACAGUGCCAAGCAGCAACAGCAAGACGGGCAGCAACACAGACGGAGCGGCGCAGAUGUCCUCCAUGACGCACAUGCACAACAUGCACACCACCAAGGACAGCAAGGACAGCACGAGCAACAAGGACAGCAUGGACAGCAAGGACAGCAUGGCCAGCUAGCCGGACUGGUUCCCCACCCCGUGCUGGCACCACACCUACAGCAACAGCUCCAGCUUCAGCAACAGCAACAGCUACAACAACAGCAGCAGCAACAGCAACAGCUACAAGCACACUUGCUUCAACCAGCACCGCUCGGCGUGCCCCCAUCCAUCGUGCCCCCGGCAAUCGUGCGUUCUCAGGCGCCACAGCUGCAACCACACCAGCACUUGCCGUUUCAUCAUCAUCAACAGCAACAACAGUUACAGCAACAAGUACAGCAACAGCAACAACAACAACAACAACAACAACACCAACAACAACACCAACAACAACAACAACACCAACAGCUCUUGCUGCAUCACCUACAACAACAGCAACAACAGUUGCUGCUGCAGCAGGUGCAGCGCGGAAAUCAACUACCACAACAGCAUCAACAACAACAUCAACAGCAGCAUCAGCAUCAGCAUCAGCAUCAGCAUCAGCAUCAGCAUCAACAGCAACAUCAACAGCAGCCGCACGGGUUUGGCUUUACCGCAUUCUCCCCAUUUGGCCAAUUCCAUGGUCAAAUGAGGGGCGCCUUGGGCGUCUUGACAAGCAGACGAGGGAGUAUGCCUGGGUCGCAUCAGCUGCCGUACUACGCCAUCCCUCCGUCCAUGCAACCGCCAACCCAGCACCAGCCACCAGCGUGGGCUCAAAUGGACCCUCCAUUUGCCUCCAUGAACCCAUCUGCAGCAUUUCCGCCCUUUGGUGAUGGCGGCGGCGGCGGCGGCGGGGAUGGUGGUGGUGGUGGGUUGACUGCGCCCAUGGACCAAGCCAGCAUACCACAUCAACAGCAGCAGCCGCACCGCCCAUUGCCAAGCACGGCACAACUGGCUGGUCCACAACUAUCACAAUCACAAUCACAACAACAGCAGCAACAGCAGCAUGGUGACUCUCCUCCUGGUGGCCAAAACACCCAGCAGCUGCACUCCUCCUCCUCAUUGUUGGAGAAAAAUGCCACAGAAGACGGCGGAGGCAGCGGUUUUCGUGGUGACAAUGAUGACUCGCACGGCCUACAGAACAUGGGCAUGAGGGGAGGGGAUGGCUUGCGACCAGUGAGACGUGACCAUUUGCCAACCAGUGGCAACGACGACAAAGGUGAUGGCGGUGAUGGCGGUGAUGGCGGUGAGGGAACUGGUGAUGAGCACGCCACGCGAAGGAAGGGCAGCAAGCGGGAUCGCAGGGCGCGGUCACGCGGAAAGCACCGACACCGUGACAAGCAGCGCCACCCGCCGGGUACGCCCUCAGCGAAGCGUCCGUUCACCAUAGAUGACGCCGUCGAUCCUCUGCCAUCCUCCUCCAGCACAGCGCACCAGGGCGCCGAGCAGCAGCGAAAACGCGCAUCCUCCAGCAGCUCAGCGAGGGCCGCAUCAGGGCCUGCGUCAGCAACGGCAACGGCAGGACAGAGCCCAUCGCCACGCGCGCGGGAUGCCCGGGCCGCAUCCACCUCGGCGUUCACUUCCACCGCCCUGGGCGUGCGAGGCACCACCAUCACCAACCCCUCCUUCUCCUCCUCCUCCUCCUCCGCAGCCGCUGGAGCCAUCCGCGCUCAACGCAGGCGCAGCCGACGCCGCCGAGCCGUGUCGGCAUCGGCAUCAGAUGUGCACAUGCGGCCGCAGCCGCAGACAACGUGGGCCGGUGCUGGCGCCAGCAUGACCGCGGGCAUGCGAGAGGGUGACGCUAGGCGGGGUGGGGGUGACCACGAUGGCAAUGGCAAUGGAAGCGGGCAUGUGGGGUUACAGCGGGGGCACUCUGCGCCAAACACCGCAUCGCACUCAUCCUCCGUCUCUGCAUCAGCCGGCAUGGAGCGAAUGUCGAUGAAUGCGACCACCACGCCACCAGCAAUAUCGCAUGGGAAGCCUGACGUUGAGAAGAAUGGCGCGAAGCGCAGACGUGGGCGCGCGCGCGGCGGUGUCGGCAGUGGCGGGGCAGCAGCUGCUGCUGCACGGCAACGGCGUGGCAACGCUGUCGGGCAGCGUGCGAUGGACAAGAACAGCACGCGCCAUGGUGGGCGUGGUGCGGGCGCAGCUCAGGCCAGGCAGGGGCAGCGGGGCCAAGACGGCUCCCAGCACCGGAAUCGCCACUACUCCACGGCCAGUGCCAGCCAGGGCAGCGCGGCUGACACGGACGGAGAUGCGGGCGCAGAGUAUCCGCUGGAGAUGUUUGAGGCGGAGUGGAGGGACGCACGCGCGUGGAUGAUGCAGACGCUGCCCCAGCACGAGCACAUUCUCUUCAAGAAGGCAAGGCGGCGCCACAAGAACCGCAAGUACAAGGCAGUCUCGCGUAUGACGCACAAGGACCUGCGGGAGAGCCUGAGCAUCAUGGAGCACCACUACAGCCGCUCACGUGCGCAAGGGGCGCGGUUGCAGCGCGCCAUCAUCCAGCUUCUGCAACAGCAGCAACAACAACAACAGCAGCAGCAGCAUGUGCCUUGGGAUCGCAUGCUCGUGAGGCUUGGGCUGUGGGAAGACGACCUUGCCCCCACGCCCACAUCCAGCCAGAUUCUGUCUGGUGAGGUGGAGCAGGAGCAGCACCGGCACCAGGACCAAUCGCAGACACAUGUACAGGCGCAAGCAGAGCACGGUCACUCGGCCAUGCACGAUGGCGAAGAUGACGACACUUUUGCUGUAGUGCAUCUGCCUGUCAACGCCGAUGCAGCACACGCGGGGGCGAGUUCAGGCCACCACGACCAUGCCCGGGCUGAGCCCAACAGCGACAUGAAACGACCACAGAAUGAUGACACGGAGAAGCCUCUCACGGUUACCGCAGCUGAUGAUGACGAUGACGAUGAUGAUGAUGAUGACGAUGACGAUGAUGAUGAUGAUGAUGAUGGUAGUGGUGGUGGUGGUGAUGGUAGUGGUGACGAUGAUGAUGAUGGUGGUGGUGGUGGUGAUGGUGGUAAUCGCCGCUCUGGAGAGCUCAACACUGACCAUGAAGUUGAGAAUGACGACAAUGACAGUGAUGGUCGUGGUGAGAAUGUUGGUGAGAACAACGAUGGAAGCGAUACCAGUGGGAGUGCGUGCGAUGACAGCAGCAGUGGCGCCUUUCAUCAUAACACCGUCAAUGAUGAUGCUGGUGACGAUGACGAUGUCGACAGCGAGUGCGUGUGAGCUGCUGACCUACAUGCUCAUUACGGCCUGCACAGUGUGCAUCCUCCCGUCCUCCUUUCUCCUGUACAUAGCCAGUAGUCGAUAGUGGCUCCGUUCUUGCGCUUUGCCGCCUUGUUGCCUGACCUCCCUCCCGUUGUGGCAGUUUUAAGGCUUGUUCGUGUUGUUAGUGUUGUGGAUGAUGACAUUGUUACAUUACAUUUCUGAGCAGCUUGUUCUUGGUCUCUGCCGUUUCACCCGAGUCAGUCCCCUCGCGGGGUUUGCGCGCUCUCUUGAGCGUUUCGUUUUCUGCCCAGCAUUCAUCUUAUGCCUUCUCUACAGGCGUCCUUAUGCUUCCUAUGACCCUUUUUGUCUCUCUUAGUGUUCAGGUGGUUUUGUUUCCAGGUUUCCUUAUUUUUUCCUCUUUGCUCAGCCCCUUUAACCCUCCUUUACACCACGUUACACUUUGUUUUGGCCCGCUCGCCCGUCUUCUGUGACCAGUUUUGCUGUUGUUCUCGUUGACUGUGUUUUUGGGUGCGGCGCGCAAGCGUUGGGCUCGUUUCUGCUCGCGUGCGUUUCAGAGCGCACUUAAUUUCUGGGGCCGCCGCCUUUUGGCGCAUCAUGGUUUUGGCUGCAGCAGUGGGUUGUUGCUCUUAUAUUGUCUGCGCUGUUCUCAUCUCUUGCUUUCUUAUAUUCUCGUUGUUACAAUUCCCGCUUUGUGUUCGAGAGUUGUUGCUCCUCUUUCUGCGACAAAUAGACGACGCACACUCACACGCA